GAAAUCAUGUCCCAAAUACUGAAGAGUCUUAAGGUACCACCAAACUCCGCCAGUUUGGAAGAAGCUCGCACUCGGACCUUUGAAUUCUUCCGUAUGUGCUGUAGAUCCAUCCCUCAUGUAAUGGAAGUCUACAACUUGCACGAUGUCGUUUCACCAUCCCAACUCCGUUCUGCCGCCGCCGCCGAAGUUCGCAAGAAUGCCAAUGUUACUAACCCUAAGGUAAUUGACAUGCUGCUGUUCAAGGGCAUGGAAGAGUUGAUGAACAUUGUGAACCAGUCAAAGCAGAGGCACCACAUUGUUGGGCAAUAUGUUGUAGGUAACCAAGGUCUUGUGCAGGACGUCUCAGGCAAAGAUCGGGAUGCAUCCAAUUUCCUGAAAAAAUUCUAUAGCAGCAACUACUCCUAGACCACCUUUCUGUAUGAACUAUGCCAUGUGGGCAUUUCUGGUGGGUAAAAUUCACAAUAAAGAUGAACAUGUACUUGCAUCUUACAAUUGGAUGCACAUUUGUCUGUUUUUUCUUUGUUUAAUUGGAGAGGAUGCUCCUAGUCAAGAACCACCAAUUGACAAUUUCUUUUUUUGAUUGGUAAAGGUGUUCUGUUACUAUACAGUAAGGCUCUGAAAGUAUUUACUAGUGUCACCAAUUGACAAAUUUGAGAUUUCUAAUGUAGGAUUCUGUUGCAUUUACUCUC